AGUUUAGGUGAUCUUUUCAAUAUCCUGUGUAGAGGCAUGGCUGGAAAACUUGACAAUGCCAAUCCACUGAUUUUUGAACAGAGUAAGGAGAGACAGAUCGUACCCGAAGAGGAAGACGACGAUGUGGCCGAUGGAAUAGACGACAGAGAAGUGUUUGAUAUGAUAAGAACCAUCAAUGAUCCUGAACACCCUUUAACCUUGGAGGAGCUAAAUGUGGUUGAAAAUGCUCGAGUCAAGGUAGAUGAUGAAAACAGUCAUGUGGGUAUAGAAUUUACUCCCACAAUUCCACAUUGCAGUAUGGCCACAUUGAUAGGGCUCUCCAUACGAGUCAAACUACUCCGAUCUUUGCCAGCCCGUUUUAAGGUUGAUGUAUCCAUUACCCCAGGAACCCACACAUCUGAAGUUGCAGUAAACAAACAACUGGCAGACAAGGAGAGAGUAGCUGCUGCAUUAGAGAACACCCAUCUCUUAGAGGUGGUCAACCAGUGCUUAGCAACAAGGAAGUGACGUCACAGACACAAGGACAAAAUAUAUUUCCUAAAUAUUUCCUAAGCCGUCAUUUCCAAGGACUAGAAAUUGAAGCUGUCUAGUAGUUAUCAUUGUUUCAAGUGUAGAGGCAGACUUAGCUAAGUAUGGACACUAUCUGAUCUUAUGUCAUGUCAUUUGGUACAAAAAAAUGGAAUUAAAACUGUGUGUCAACCCAUAUCUCUGAUUCAUGGAAAAGUAUCUUGAACAGAAAUGUUAUACUCAAAGACAAAUUAUCGACAUUAAUCACCAUUAUGAUUGUAUUGGAAUGUUAUCCAAUUACAUAUUGCUUUGACAACAAACAACCCAAUAUUUUGUCACUGUUUAUAAUAUGUAUGUAUUAUACAUGUACAUAAUAAAUGUAUGUUCGUA